AUGCCUUCGACUUCAACACCCCGACUUCAACACCGCGACUUCAACACCCCCAACUUCAACACCCCCGACUUCAACACCCCCGACUUCAACACCCCCGACUUCAACACCCCCGACUUCAACACCCCCGACUUCAACACCCCCAACAUCGACAAAAUCGCGUUUUUGACCUCAAGCUCAACUACUCUCCGGCUUAACGGACUUACUAUCACUGUCUGGCUCGCUGUGGAAAUCAUAUGA